AUGUUGAAUAAGAUCUUCCUCGUCAAUGAAAACCUCAUCGAAAGCAGUGACUAUGGCAGAGUGGCCGACGUCUGCUCAACGUCUGGGGAUUCCGGGAGCGGAGUGCCAUGUCAGCAAAAACACCGCCGAUCAUCGGCGGCAAUUGAUGCGGUGUACACCUGGGUUAACGGCAGUGAUGAGGGAAUGCAGGCAGAGAUGCUGAGAAUCAGCAAUCAACUGUCGGCAGAGACACUGCGUCAAUUUUGCUACUCAGAAACAACUGUGCCCAGCUGGACAGCAGGCAACAACUCAUCUAAUUCUUCGUGCUUUCUCCUGCCACUGAUGCUUCUCCGACCUCCACUGGCCCAUCCGCACCAUCAUUUUGAUGACGUGCUCAAAUUUGAAAAGUGGAACGACAGUUCAACAGUGAUAUAUUUGCACAGUUUAGACGCAGCUCGCACACUGGGCGCCAGUUGUGUGCGCGUAAUUGCCGAUCGCCUGUACAAACUGACGAACCUCUACAGUUGCACUGGAACUGGCGAUGUUAAUGCUCACCUCGAGCUCAUCACUAUCUUUGGCCUAACUACCACCGCGACCAGCAGUACCGAGCAAGACUGCGACUCUGCCUGGAGCGAUCCACUGAAAAGCCGUUUGCCGGGGACAGCGAAACAGUUGCAUUCACUGGAAGUUGAGCCGCCCAAUGUCUUUCUGUACACGACCAAGUUCACCAUCACCACUACUGUUCAGUGGUUAAACUUUAGCAAGAUAGUGUCGCUGCUGCAGGCCAAGGAGAACCUGCAGAACGCAAGUAGUGAACGGUGCAACUUUGUCUCCACACAUCCGCUUCCGGUGCUGAUGACAGAUGUAGGCUUCUUUGAGCAUCAGCUCGAGAGUGAAAGCGUUCGGCGGAAUCGAUUUGCCGACAAUGAUGAAUUGAGGUACUCACUGCGUUCCCUGGAGCGCUUUGCUCCCUGGAUUCGAAACGUCUUUCUGGUGACUAAUGGACAGAUUCCCAGAUGGCUCAAUGUAGAGCACCCACGCCUACGUAUUGUGCAGCAUCGCGACAUCUUCGCCAACCAAAGUCACCUGCCCACCUUCAGCUCUUCUGCCAUUGAGUGCCACCUGCAUCGCAUUGCCGGCGUGUCACCGCAGUUUCUCUACCUCAACGAUGACAUAAUUCUCGGGAAGCCCAUCUACCCGGAUGACUUUUAUACGGAGAGCAGAGGUUUCAAGGUGUACCUCAGUUGGCCUGUGCCAAACUGCGCCCAGGGCUGUCCGCUGAACUGGCUCAAUGAUGGCUACUGCGAUAAAGCCUGCAACUCCUCAAAGUGUCUCUGGGACGGCGGCGACUGUCUGCGCAAUGGCGGCGCUGAUUCGGCCACCGGCGGCAAUAACUCGGCGGCCUCCACUGCGGCCUACUCUCAUCACUACGAGGCAUCAGCGACAAACAGCGAGCUGUGUGCGCCCAACUGCCUAACAAACUGGCUCGGAGAUGGCUUCUGCGAUCAGGUGUGCAAUAAUGAGAACUGCGCCUACGAUAUGGCUGACUGCGGCGUGACGCACUUGGAGGGGAUUGCCCGCCAGAUUGAGGUGAACCAGAGCGCCAAUGUCUACACCUACCAGCCGGACAACAACUCGACCGUCCUUCUGCUAAACUUGACGCAACUGUGCACUGUCCUCCCCGUCGGUGAGCAGCACUACCAGGUGAAGCUGACCGGUGCCCAGUACCGCAAUGUCUCCACCGUCUUCAGUGCAGUGCUCAAUCUGAAGCACAGCAUUCUUACGGUUCUCCUGCGGCCGAACAUCAGCGAGAAUCAUGAGCCACUCGCCUUUACGCUAUUGGCCAAAAUUAAUCAGAAAACAUUCAACUUUUCGCUGUACGUAGAAGUGCAGAAGGACAGCAAGGGGCACACAGUGAGGAAGGACAUUGAGGAGACCAACUUUAACCUGCCACAGCUCAUACAGUGGCUAGAGGCUAAUGCAUCUCUGGCACGACAGCAGCAGGAACAGCAGCGGUGGAACACUAACAGUCCAUCGACUGAUCAAACAAUGGUGAUCACUCUGCCGACAGUCACUCAGGGGCAGACAUCAUUCAGUCUGCCGUGCAGCGCUGAAAUUGACGCAAUGAGCGGUGAAGUGCGCCAAAAGUUUGAGCAAAUCAGACGUCAGUUGAACCGCGGACUGGUCACCGACACCGGACAACAGUACUUUAACUCACUACUGAAACAACUCUACGCGGACAUUAUUUGCUCAACUACCGCUACUAAUGAUGAGCAGGCCAGAACUGAAAAACUACAAACAGAAGAAAAAGAACCGGAAGGUGCAAUGAAUCAGUUCAUAGAGCAGUAUUUACUGGCCGAUGAUGUUGUCCACAAUGAAAGCAGUUAUCGAUCUCGGCGCCUGCUAGACGCCUACGCCGACUCGCUCAUCUACGUGAAUCACAUGUACAAUCAGGUGUUCGGCGUACAGUCUCGCCAAGUGGUCGCCCACAUGCCGCACUACGUUGACGUGGACAUUAUCAGGCGGAUGCAGGAACGAUUCGCCGACCGCUUUGCGCACACCUCGGCCAGUCAGUUUCGCAACAGCGAGGACAUGCAGUUUAGCUUCUCCUAUUUCCACUUUCUAAUGAGUGAAACUGAAGAGUGCACCGCGGAGGAGGCGCUGCGCCAAUUUGACACCGACCAAUCGGGGAGGCUAUCGCUGAAUGAGUUGAAGACACUGGCCAUUCACAUGGUGGAGCAGCUGCCGCUGACGGAGGAGAAUUCCCUACUGUUCUUCGGUGAUCUUCGUAAUUGCUCCCUGCCGCCAGAGUGUCACCUUCCCCCAGUGAAUGGCAGCAGCAGCAGCAGCGGUCGGUCGAUUUGGCAGCAAGAGCUCCCAGUUGAUCUGCCAAUCGAUCAACUGCUCAAUUGCACCUUUCUAAGGGAGAAAAUUGCCAGCAAGUGGCCAAAGAGAAAUCGAAACCGCUUCGAAACGCUCAACGAUGACGAGGUGGCCUUCAAAAUGCUGCGUUCUAAUGCGACCGUUCUUGAGGAGGAGCUCGAUGAGCUGAGACGGGUGCGCAAGAAGUUCAUCUGUUUGAAUGAUAAUCUGGAGCAUGGCGUCAAUCAUACCGCCGACGCUCAACUGCACGGUCUGCUGCAAAAGUUCUUCAGCAGUUUGCUUCCCGUGCCUUCGGCCUUUGAGCGGCCACCAGGUCAGGAGAAUAGAUUGCUCUACAUCGACCAGUACAGAGAGUGGAAGGAAGGUGUGGAGAAGAAAAGCGGCCUUUACUUCGGAGGCAGCUACUUGUUUGUUCUUAUCAAUGUGAUACUAUUUAUAAUUCUAUUGAAGUAG